AUGGAGGCGCGCGGGGAGCUGGUCCCGGGCCGGGAGUCGGCGGGCGGCGACCUGCUGCUGGCGCUGCUGGCGCGGAGGGAAGACCUGCGCCGAGACGUCCCACUGUGUGCUGGCUGCGACCAGCACAUCCUGGACCGCUUCGUCCUCAAGGCUCUGGACCGCCACUGGCACAGCAAGUGCCUCAAGUGCAGCGACUGCCACACGCCGCUGGCUGAGCGCUGCUUCAGCCGCGGAGAGAGCGUCUACUGCAGGGACGACUUCUUCAAGCGCUUCGGGACCAAGUGCGCCGCGUGCCAGCUGGGCAUCCCGCCCACGCAGGUGGUGCGCCGCGCCCAGGACUUCGUGUACCACCUGCACUGCUUCGCCUGCGUCGUGUGCAAGCGGCAGCUGGCCACGGGAGACGAGUUCUACCUCAUGGAGGACAGCCGGCUCGUGUGCAAGGCAGACUACGAGACCGCCAAGCAGCGAGAGGCCGAGGCCACGGCCAAGCGGCCGCGCACGACCAUCACGGCCAAGCAGCUGGAGACGCUGAAGAGCGCCUACAACACCUCGCCGAAGCCCGCGCGCCAUGUGCGCGAGCAGCUCUCCUCUGAGACCGGCCUGGACAUGCGCGUCGUGCAGGUGUGGUUCCAGAACCGCCGGGCCAAGGAAAAGAGGCUCAAGAAGGACGCGGGCAGGCAGCGCUGGGGCCAGUAUUUCCGUAACAUGAAGCGCGCCCGCGGCGGCUCGAAGUCGGACAAGGACAGCGUCCAGGAAGAGGGGCAGGACAGCGACGCCGAGGUCUCCUUCACCGAUGAGCCAGCCAUGGUCGAAAUGGGCCCUGCCAACGGCCUCUACGGCAGCCUGGGAGAGCCUGCCCCAGCCUUGGGCCGGCCCUCGGGGGCCCCAGGCAGCUUCCCGCUGGAGCACGGAGGCCUGGCCGGCCCGGAGCAGUACCGAGAGCUGCGCCCCGGCAGCCCCUACGGCGUGCCCCCAUCGCCUGCUGCCCUGCAGAGCCUCCCUGGCCCCCAGCCCCUCCUCUCCAGCUUGGUGUACCCGGAUGCCGGCUUGGGGCUCGUGCCCUCGGGAGCCCCAGGUGGGCCCCCACCCAUGAGGGUGCUGGCAGGGAACGGACCCAGCUCUGACCUCUCCACGGGGAGCAGCGGGGGCUACCCCGACUUCCCUGCCAGCCCCGCCUCCUGGCUGGACGAGGUGGACCACGCUCAGUUCUGA